CUUCACGUGACCCGACCCGCGGGCGGCGACGCACGCGCCGCGCGGCUCACGUGGUCCGUCCCCAGCCCCGUCGCCGGCGGAGGCGGGCGCGGGCGCGUCCCUGUGGCCAGUCACCCGGAGGAGUUGGUCGCACAAUUAUGAAAGACUCGGCUUCUGCUGCUAGCGCCGGAGCUGAGUUAGUUCUGAGAAGGUUUCCCUGGGCGUUCCUUGUCCGGCGGCCUCUGCUGCCGCCUCCGGAGACGCUUCCCGAUAGAUGGCUACAGGCCGCGGAGGAGGAGGAGGUGGAGUUGCUGCCCUUCCGGAGUCCGCCCCGUGAGGAGAAUGUCCCAGAAAUCCUGGAUAGAAAGCACUUUGACCAAGAGGGAAUGUGUAUAUAUUAUACCAAGUUCCAAGGACCCUCACAGAUGCCUUCCGGGAUGUCAAAUUUGUCAGCAACUCGUCAGGUGUUUUUGUGGUCGCUUGGUCAAGCAACAUGCUUGUUUUACUGCAAGUCUUGCCAUGAAAUACUCAGAUGUGAAAUUGGGUGACCAUUUUAAUCAGGCAGUAGAAGAAUGGUCUGUGGAAAAGCAUACAGAACAGAGCCCAACGGAUGCUUAUGGAGUCAUAAAUUUUCAAGGGGGUUCUCAUUCCUACAGAGCUAAGUAUGUUAGGCUAUCAUAUGACACCAAACCUGAAGUCAUUCUGCAACUUCUGCUUAAAGAAUGGCAAAUGGAAUUACCCAAACUUGUUAUCUCUGUACAUGGGGGCAUGCAGAAAUUUGAGCUUCACCCACGAAUCAAGCAGUUGCUUGGAAAAGGUCUUAUUAAAGCUGCAGUUACAACCGGAGCCUGGAUUUUAACUGGAGGAGUAAACACAGGUGUGGCAAAACAUGUUGGAGAUGCCCUCAAAGAACAUGCUUCCAGAUCAUCUCGAAAGAUUUGCACUAUCGGAAUAGCUCCAUGGGGAGUGAUUGAAAACAGAAAUGAUCUUGUUGGGAGAGAUGUGGUUGCUCCUUAUCAAACCUUACUGAACCCCCUGAGCAAGUUGAAUGUUUUGAAUAAUCUACAUUCCCAUUUUAUAUUGGUGGAUGAUGGCACUGUUGGGAAGUAUGGGGCAGAAGUCAGACUGAGAAGAGAACUUGAAAAAACUAUUAAUCAGCAAAGAAUUCAUGCUAGGAUUGGCCAAGGUGUCCCUGUGGUGGCACUUAUAUUUGAGGGUGGGCCAAAUGUUAUCCUCACAGUUCUUGAAUAUCUUCAGGAAAGCCCCCCUGUUCCAGUAGUUGUAUGUGAAGGAACAGGCAGAGCUGCAGAUCUACUAGCAUAUAUUCAUAAACAAACAGAAGAAGGAGGGAAUCUUCCUGAUGCAGCAGAGCCUGAUAUUAUUUCCACUAUCAAAAAAACAUUUAACUUUGGCCAGAAUGAAGCAGUUCAUUUAUUUCAAACACUGAUGGAGUGCAUGAAAAGAAAGGAGCUUAUCACUGUUUUCCAUAUUGGGUCAGAUGAACAUCAAGAUAUAGAUGUAGCAAUACUUACUGCACUGCUUAAAGGUACUAAUGCAUCUGCAUUUGACCAGCUUAUCCUUACAUUGGCAUGGGAUAGAGUUGACAUUGCCAAAAAUCAUGUAUUUGUUUAUGGACAGCAGUGGCUGGUUGGAUCCUUGGAACAAGCUAUGCUUGAUGCUCUUGUAAUGGAUAGAGUUGCAUUUGUAAAACUUCUUAUUGAAAAUGGAGUAAGCAUGCAUAAAUUCCUUACCAUUCCAAGACUGGAAGAACUUUACAACACUAAACAAGGUCCAACUAAUCCAAUGCUGUUUCAUCUUGUUCGAGACGUCAAACAGGGCAAUCUUCCUCCAGGAUAUAAGAUCACUCUAAUUGAUAUAGGACUUGUUAUUGAAUAUCUCAUGGGAGGAACCUACAGAUGCACCUAUACUAGGAAACGUUUUCGAUUAAUAUAUAAUAGUCUUGGUGGAAAUAAUCGGAGGUCUGGCCGAAAUACCUCCAGCAGCACUCCUCAGUUGCGAAAGAGUCAUGAAUCUUUUGGCAAUAGGGCAGAUAAAAAGGAAAAAAUGAGGCAUAACCAUUUCAUUAAGACAGCACAGCCCUACCGACCAAAGAUUGAUACAGUUGUGGAAGAAGGAAAGAAGAAAAGAACCAAAGAUGAAAUUGUAGACAUUGAUGAUCCAGAAACCAAGCGCUUUCCUUAUCCACUUAAUGAACUUUUAAUUUGGGCUUGCCUUAUGAAGAGGCAGGUCAUGGCCCGUUUUUUAUGGCAACAUGGUGAAGAAUCAAUGGCUAAAGCAUUAGUUGCCUGUAAGAUCUAUCGUUCAAUGGCAUAUGAAGCAAAGCAGAGUGACCUGGUAGAUGAUACUUCAGAAGAACUGAAACAGUAUUCCAAUGAUUUUGGUCAGUUGGCCGUUGAAUUAUUAGAACAGUCCUUCAGACAAGAUGAAACCAUGGCUAUGAAAUUGCUCACUUAUGAACUAAAGAACUGGAGUAAUUCUACCUGCCUUAAGUUAGCAGUUUCUUCAAGACUUAGACCUUUUGUAGCCCACACCUGUACACAAAUGUUGUUAUCUGAUAUGUGGAUGGGAAGGCUGAAUAUGAGGAAAAAUUCCUGGUACAAGGUCAUACUAAGCAUUUUAGUUCCACCUGCCAUAUUACUGCUAGAAUAUAAAACUAAGGCUGAAAUGUCCCAUAUCCCACAAUCUCAAGAUGCUCAUCAGAUGACAAUGGAUGACAGCGAAAACAACUUUCAGAACAUAACAGAAGAGAUCCCCAUGGAAGUGUUUAAAGAAGUACGGAUUUUGGAUAGUAAUGAAGGAAAGAAUGAGAUGGAGAUACAAAUAAAAUCAAAAAAGCUUCCAAUCACACGAAAGUUUUAUGCCUUUUAUCAUGCACCAAUUGUAAAAUUCUGGUUUAACACGUUGGCAUAUUUAGGAUUUCUGAUGCUUUAUACGUUUGUGGUUCUUGUACAAAUGGAACAAUUACCUUCAGUUCAAGAAUGGAUUGUUAUUGCUUAUAUUUUUACUUAUGCCAUUGAGAAAGUCCGUGAGAUUUUUAUGUCUGAAGCUGGGAAAGUAAACCAGAAGAUUAAAGUAUGGUUUAGUGAUUACUUCAACAUCAGUGAUACAAUUGCCAUAAUUUCUUUCUUCAUUGGAUUUGGACUAAGAUUUGGAGCAAAAUGGAACUUUGCAAAUGCAUAUGAUAAUCAUGUUUUUGUGGCUGGAAGAUUAAUUUACUGUCUUAACAUAAUAUUUUGGUAUGUGCGUUUGCUAGAUUUUCUAGCUGUAAAUCAACAGGCGGGACCUUAUGUAAUGAUGAUUGGAAAAAUGGUGGCCAAUAUGUUCUACAUAGUAGUGAUUAUGGCUCUUGUAUUACUUAGUUUUGGUGUUCCCAGAAAGGCAAUACUUUAUCCUCAUGAAGCACCAUCUUGGACACUUGCUAAAGAUAUAGUUUUUCAUCCAUACUGGAUGAUUUUUGGUGAAGUUUAUGCAUACGAAAUUGAUGUGUGUGCAAAUGAUUCUGUUAUCCCUCAAAUCUGUGGUCCUGGGACGUGGUUGACUCCAUUUCUUCAAGCAGUCUACCUCUUUGUACAGUACAUCAUUAUGGUUAAUCUUCUUAUUGCAUUUUUCAACAAUGUGUAUUUACAAGUGAAGGCAAUUUCCAAUAUUGUAUGGAAGUACCAGCGUUAUCAUUUUAUUAUGGCUUAUCAUGAGAAACCAGUUCUGCCUCCUCCACUUAUCAUUCUUAGCCACAUAGUUUCUCUGUUUUGCUGCAUAUGUAAGAGAAGAAAGAAAGAUAAGACUUCCGAUGGACCAAAACUUUUCUUAACAGAAGAAGAUCAAAAGAAACUUCAUGAUUUUGAAGAGCAAUGUGUUGAGAUGUAUUUCAAUGAAAAAGAUGACAAAUUUCAUUCUGGGAGUGAAGAGAGAAUUCGUGUCACUUUCGAAAGAGUGGAACAGAUGUGCAUUCAGAUUAAAGAAGUUGGAGAUCGUGUCAACUACAUAAAAAGAUCAUUACAAUCAUUAGAUUCUCAAAUUGGCCAUUUGCAAGAUCUUUCAGCCCUGACGGUAGAUACAUUAAAAACACUCACUGCCCAGAAAGCGUCGGAAGCUAGCAAAGUUCAUAAUGAAAUCACCCGAGAACUGAGCAUUUCCAAACACUUGGCUCAAAACCUUAUUGAUGAUGGUCCUGUAAGACCUUCUGUAUGGAAAAAGCAUAGUGUUGUAAAUACGCUUAGCUCCUCUGUUGCUCAAGGUGAUCUUGAAAGUAAUAAUCCUUUUCUUUGUAAUAUUUUAAUGAAAGAUGACAAAGAUCCCCAGUGUAAUAUAUUUGGUCAAGACUUACCUGCAAUACCCCAGAGAAAAGAAUUUAAUUUUCCAGAGGCUGGUUCCUCUUCUGGUGCCUUAUUCCCAAGUGCUGGUUCCCCUCCAGAACUGCGACAGAGACUGCAUGGGGUAGAACUCUUAAAAAUAUUUAAUAAAAAUCAAAAAUUAAGCAGUUCAUCUAAUAGCAUACCACAUCUGUCAUCCCCACCAACCAAAUUUUUUGUUAGUACACCAUCUCAGCCAAGUUGCAAAAGCCACUUGGAAACAGGAACCAAAGAUCAAGAAACUGUUUGCUCUAAAGCUGCAGAAGGAGAUAAUAUAGAAUUUGGAGCAUUUGUAGGACACAGAGAUAGCAUGGAUUUACAGAGGUUUAAAGAAACAUCAAACAAGAUAAAAGAAAUACUAUCCGAACAGCAGAAUGAUGUACGAAAUGUGAUUAUGGAGUAUACAGAGAUGCCUAAAUAUGAGAAUAACAAUACUUCUGAAAACACUUUGAAACGAGUGAGUUCUCUUGCUGGAUUUACUGACUGUCACAGAACUUCCAUUCCUCUUCAUUCAAAACAAGCAGAGAAAAUCAGUAGAAGGCCAUCUACCGAAGACACUCAUGAAGUAGAUUCCAAAGCAGCUUUAAUACCGGAUUGGUUACAAGAUAGACCAUCAAACAGAGAAAUGCCAUCUGAAGAAGGAACAUUAAAUGGUCUCACUUCUCCAUUUAAGCCGGCUAUGGAUACAAAUUACUAUUAUUCAGCUGUGGAAAGAAAUAACUUGAUGAGGUUAUCACAGAGCAUUCCAUUUACACCUGUGCCUCCAAGAGGGGAGCCCGUCACAGUGUAUCGUUUGGAAGAGAGUUCACCCAACAUACUGAAUAACAGCAUGUCUUCUUGGUCACAACUAGGCCUCUGUGCCAAAAUAGAGUUUUUAAGCAAAGAGGAGAUGGGAGGAGGUUUACGAAGAGCUGUCAAAGUACAAUGUACCUGGUCAGAACAUGAUAUCCUCAAAUCAGGGCAUCUUUAUAUUAUCAAAUCUUUUCUUCCAGAGGUGGUUAAUACAUGGUCAAGUAUUUAUAAAGAAGAUACAGUUCUGCAUCUCUGUCUGAGGGAAAUUCAACAACAGAGAGCAGCACAAAAGCUUACAUUUGCCUUUAAUCAAAUGAAACCCAAAUCCAUACCAUAUUCUCCAAGGUUCCUUGAAGUUUUCCUGCUGUAUUGCCAUUCAGCAGGACAGUGGUUUGCUGUGGAAGAAUGUAUGACUGGAGAAUUUAGAAAAUACAACAAUAAUAAUGGAGAUGAGAUUAUUCCAACUAAUACUCUGGAAGAGAUCAUGUUAGCCUUUAGCCACUGGACUUAUGAGUAUACAAGAGGAGAGUUACUGGUACUUGAUUUACAAGGUGUUGGUGAAAAUUUGACUGACCCAUCUGUGAUAAAAGCAGAAGAAAAGAGAUCCUGUGACAUGGUUUUUGGCCCAGCAAAUCUAGGCGAAGAUGCAAUUAAAAACUUCAGAGCAAAACAUCACUGUAAUUCUUGCUGUAGAAAGCUUAAACUUCCAGAUCUGAAGAGGAAUGAUUAUACGCCUGACAAAAUUAUAUUUCCUCAGGAUGAGCCUUCAGAUUUGAAUCUUCAGCCUGGAAAUUCCACCAAAGAAUCAGAAUCAACUAAUUCUGUUCGUCUGAUGUUAUAAUAUUAAUAUUACUGAAUCAUUGGUUUUGCCUGCACCUCACAGAAAUGUUACUGUGUCACUUUUCCCUCAGGAGGAAACUGUUUGGUAAUAUAGAAAGGUGUAUGCAAGUUGAAUUUGCUGACUCCAGCACAGUUAAAAGGUCAAUAUUCUUUUGACCUGAUUAAACUAAUCAGUCAGAAACUCCCUAUAGGAUAGAGCUGGCAGCUGAGAAAUUUUAAAGGUAAUUGAUAGUUAGUAUUUAUAACUUUUUAAAGGGCUCUUUAUAUAGCAGAGGAUCUCAUUUGACUUUGUUCUGAUGAGGGUGAUGCUCUCUCUUACGUGGUACAAUACCAUUAACCAAAGGUAGGUGUCCAUGCAGAUUUUAUUGGCAGCUGGUUUGUUGCCAUUCAAGUAGGGAAAUGAAGAAGUCACUCAGCCUUUUGGUUAAAUGGCAGUCAAAAUUUUCCUCAGUGUAUUUAGUACGUUCAGUGAUGAUGUCACUAGUUCCCAGGUAGAUGCUUGUUGGGCAUGGGAAGGGAAAUGACUUGUUCUAAUUCUAGGUUCACAGAGGUAUAAGAAGCCUGAACUAAAGACCAUUUUCAAGAGGGACGGUAUUUAUGAAUCAGGGUUAGGCUCCAUAUUUAAAGAUAGAGCCAGUUUUUUGUUAAAUAGAACCCAGAUUGUGUGAAAGUGUUAAUUGGGUUUUUUAAACAUUGUUUUAUCAAGUCACUGUUAAGUAGAAGAAAGCCAUGUUAAACUGAUAUAUAACCUAAAUUAUAAAAGGAGAAAUCUAACUCACUCAUCAAGGGAAGUUGUGAGGAAAGUUAAAGUACUUUUUCUCUAUCUAUGUCAAUAGUGACAACACAGAACUUACUUCUCCAAAGAUUUUAUUGAUUAUUAUAUCAAAUCAGAAUGUAAACAUGAACUCUUGCACAUAUUUAAAAUUGUGUUGGAAUAUUUGAACAUGAAUGCUGUUUGUGGUACUUAAGAAAUUAAUUCAGUUGGAUUGUCAUUAUGUGAUACUGGCAGAUUGCAGUGCAACCUUAUGCCAAUAAAAUGUAAUUUAACAACCCCAGAUAUUGUUGAAUAUUCAACAAUAACAAGAAAAGCUUUUCAUCCAAGUUUUAUGCUUUAAUUUUUUUCCUUUUUUUUUUUUUCUUUUUGUUUCCUUGGUACUAAUUUUAAUUUUUAUUUGGAAGGGAGCAAUAUAAAGCUUAUUUGUACUCAGUAGUGUAUCUCAUAGAUACAGACAAGGCAAGAGAUGAUAAGCUGUUUAAAUAGUGUUUAAUAUUGAUUGGGGGUGGGGAGAAAAAAGUGUAUUACUAAAGGUAUUAUAUACAUUUUGUAUAUCAUUAAAUCUUUAAAAGAAAUGAAAUAAAUUUAUUAUUGUUUACAGAU